AUUUACCAGUUUUCUAACGGUGCACUGAGCAACGGCUAUGGUUUGGUCGCUUGUUUCAGGGGAAAGGAAUUCACUGUAAGAGUGUGAGACAGAGAGAGCGAGGGGGAGAGAGAGAGAGAGUGUGUGUGUGUGUGUGAGAGAGAGGGAGAGGCAGUGGGUGAGAGAGGGAGGGUGCCUGAAUGGAGAGAAGGACUCAGAAAAGUUAUUAGCUACAGUUGUUGCGUGUUCAAAGGGGAGAAAAGUUGGACAAAGGAAGAAAAGAAGCAAGAGCUGUGAUCGUUUUCAUCAUCAGAAAACAAUUUCUUUUGUUUCUUGUUUUUUUUUUCCCCACAAAAGAGAAGAAGUGAAAGGAGAAGGAGGAUGCUGUUCUGUCCAAAGACAUUUACAAGCCAACACUGACAACACUUUUGUUGUGGGACUUUGAAUACAAACUGGGAGCCUUCACUUGCUGGAGCUGCAGUAACUUUUGGCUGAUUUUUGGAGCUAAGUGAUGUUUUUAGUGAAUUUGGGUCGCUAAAUGACAUCUUCAGUCAGUUUGUGAAACUUGUGGUGACCUUUUUGUUGGCGAGAAAUGGACCUGCUAUCAGAUCCAGCGGUCAUAACGCCCAUCCUGGUGGUGACUCUUCAUUUCCUGACAGCAGCUGGAUUUUGGUUCUACCGCCGCCACCGCCGCCGCGUGCCCAGUUUUACAGCAGAUGAGCGGGACAGGGUGCAGAAGAAAACCUUCACAAAAUGGGUCAACAAGCAUCUCAUCAAGGUGAGGAAACACAUUACAGACCUGUAUGAGGAUCUGAGGGACGGACACAACCUCAUCUCCCUUCUGGAAGUCCUGUCUGGAGUCACGCUGCCCAGAGAAAAGGGGCGAAUGAGAUUUCAUCGACUACAGAAUGUCCAAAUAGCCCUUGACUUCCUCAAACAGAGACAGGUCAAACUGGUGAACAUCAGGAACGAUGACAUCACAGAUGGGAAUCCAAAGCUGACGUUAGGUCUCAUCUGGACCAUCAUCCUUCACUUCCAGAUCUCAGAGAUCUAUGUGAGCGGGGAGUCAGCCGACCUCACAGCCAAGGAGAAGCUGUUGCUAUGGAGCCAGCAGGCGACGGAGGGCUACCCCGGCCUCCGCUGCGUCAACUUCACCUCUUCAUGGAGCGACGGACGCAUGUUCAACGCCCUGCUGCACAGAUACAGGCCAGACCUGAUUGACAUGGAGUUGGUGUCGCGGCAGAGUAACCGUGACAACCUGGAGCAGGCGUUUGAGAUCGCUGAAUCGCUCGGGGUGACCAGACUGCUGGACGCUGAGGAUGUUGACGUUCCCUCUCCAGAUGAGAAGUCGGUCAUCACCUACGUCUCCUCCAUUUAUGAUGCCUUCCCCAAGAUCCCCGAGGGAGGAGAAGGCAUCGCUGCACAUGAGGUGGACCAGCGCUGGUCAGAGUACCAGUCCAGGUUCUCCUGUCUGCUCCAGUGGAGCCGCCAGCAUACGGCCCUGAUGGCCAACAAAAACUUCCCACAAAACCCUGUGGAACUCAAGGCACUUUACAAUGAGUACGUCCAUUUCAAAGAGACGGAGAUCCCUGCCAAGGAGAUGGAGAAGAGUCACAUCGAACACCUCUACAAACUGCUGGAGGUGUGGAUAGAGUUUGGUCGUAUUAAGCUUCCUCAGGGCCUCCAUCCCAACGACCUGGAGGAUGAGUGGGGGAAACUCAUCCUGGAGAUGCUGGAGAGAGAGAAGGCUCUACGGCCGGCUGUGGAGAGGCUUGAGCUGCUACUUCAAAGGGCCAAUAAGAUCCAGAACAUGGCUCUGGACUGUGAGGAGAAACUCACCCUGGCCAAGAACACACUACAAGCUGACAUGUCCCGUGUGGAGAGCGGCGAGGCGGUGCAGUGUGAGCGAGAACUGGCCUGUUACCUUCAGGACUGCGAGUCUCUGCUCAGACAGCUGAACCAGGACCUCAAAGUCCUGCGAGACGAGAAGUACUACCAGGUCGAUCAGCUGGCCUUCAGAGUGUCCUGCCUACAAGAGGAACUGGUCUCCCUCAGACUGCAGUGCUCCAGCGUCUACAGGAAAGGUCACUUCUCCCAGGCCCUGGGCUCCACCGGGGUGGAGCAGACAGGCCAGCGGCCCACCGACAGCGGCCUCUCCCUGGGGCAGACCCUGCUGGGAGCCGUGGGCGCUGUGGGAGCGGUCGGCGCCGCCCUGCUCCGGAGACCCAUGGCCCGCUCCCAGCUGGUGGCCAUGUCCUCAUCAGAGGAUGAAGGCAGCCUGCGGUUCAUCUAUGAACUGCUGGGAUGGGUGGAGGAGACACAGGAUCUGUUGGAACGUGCUGAGUGGGGCGCUGACCUGCCGUCUGUAGAAAACAAUCUCCAAGAGCACAACACCAUACACACUGCAGUGGAGGAGCUGCUCAGCAGUCUGCAGGAAGCACGCAACUAUGAGGCUAAAGUCUCCCCUAACUUCAAGAGCAAUUACUCUGAAACUCUGGCCAAGCUGGAGCACCAAUACUGCAAACUACUGGAACAUUCGUCAUGGCGCCUGCGGAGCUUGGAGAGCCUGCACGCGUUCGUGUCGCAUUGCACUGAGGAGCUGAUCUGGCUCAACGAGAGGGAGGAGGAGGAGAUUGCCUACGACUGGAGCGACAGCAACACCAACAUCAACGCCAAGAGAGAGCUGCACAAUGAAAUGAAGUCAGAGCUGGACGAGAAGCAGGGUGUGAUGCGGUCCCUGCAGGAGACAGCUGACCGUCUGUGUCAGGAGAACCACCCGGCCAAACAGACAGUGGAGGCGUACAGUGCAGCCCUACAGACCCAGUGGCAGUGGGUGGGCCAGCUGUGUGUGUGUGUGGAGCAGCAUCUCAAAGACAACACCGCCUACUUCCAGUUCAUGAGUGACGCACGGGACUGUGAGUCAUACCUGCGCCAGCUGCAGGAAACCAUCAAGAGGCAGUACACCUGCGACAAGAACAGCCGACUGGCCAAACUAGAAGACCUGCUGCAGGACUCCAUGGAGGAGAAGGAGCAGCUGAUCGAGUACCGCAGUUCGGUGGCCAGCUUGGUCGGCCGGGCCAAGACGGUGGUGCAGCUCCGCCCCCGCAGUGCAGAGAGCACCCUGGGAACGACCACACCCAUCAAAGCCAUCUGUGACUACCGACAGAUAGAGACUAACGUUCAGAUAACCAUAAGCCGAGGAGAGGAGUGUGUGUUGGAGGACAACUCCCAGAGGACCAAGUGGAAGGUGAUCAGUCCCAGUGGGAACGAGGCCAUGGUCCCUUCGGUGUGUUUUACUGUUCCACCUCCAAACCAGGAGGCCAUCGACAUGGCCGGCAGGAUGGAGCAGUUGUACCAGAAGGUGAUGUCUCUGUGGCAUCAGCUCCAUGUUAACAUGAAGAGUGUUGUGUCCUGGCACUACCUGCUCAAGGACAUCAGGACAGUCUCUGCAUGGAACCUAGACACGGUUCGUGGUCAGUCUCCGGCGGAGCGGCAGCAGGUCCUGGAUCACCUGGAGGCCCAGCUGGCCGACUUCCUGUCUGACAGCAGAGAGAGCUCUCUGUUCACGCCGGCCGACAGGCGAGAGCUGGAGAAGGACGCUCAGCAAGCGCAGCAGCACUGCCAGGACCUGCUGCUCAACAUGGAGACAGUGGAGAAGGAUGAGUCUGUCUCUCGUUCCUACCUGUCGGAGCUCCAAAACAUCAGGCUUCGCGUGGACGAGGCGGAGCAGAGGCUGAUGAGAGGCAUCCAGACGCCGCUGCCCAGCCGGCUGUCAGGCGACACUUCUGACAACACCGUCCAGAUUGCAGAGCAGGAGAAGCUGCAGUCAGAGUUGGACGCUCUGCGCUCCUCUCUGGGUGAGGUGUCCCGCCGCUGUGUCAGCUUCUUUGAGGAGAAACCGUCCUCAUCCAGCGUUCCUGUCCUUCGGUCAGAACUCAGUCAGGCUGUGGAGAAGAUAGACAAACUGCACAACCUGUCCACUGUCUUCCUACGAAAGUUAAAGACUGUCGAUGUCCUGAUCCACAGCCUGGAGGAAGCAGAGAGCCAGGUCAGGAAGUAUGAGAGCAGACUAAGUGAGGAGGAUAUCGUCCCUGCCGACACCACAGCCAUCCACCAGCUCAGAGAUCAGCUGAAGAAGUGGCAGACGGAGCUGGAGGAGCAGGAGGGCGUCUUCCAGUCUCUACAGUUGGAGGUGGGCCGGGCCAAAGAGGCGGGCUCUCAGCUCAGCAGGCUCCACCCAGACCGCAGCCCCGAGCUGGAGCGCUACCAGGAGAGAGCCAAUCAGAUAACAGAGAGGUGGAACGGCAUCAAGAGACAGAUGGAGACUCGACGAAGUGAACUGGAUGCUUUGGGCUCGGUCCUGCAGCAGUAUAGAGAUGGACACUCUGCACUUAUCAAGUGGAUAGAGGAGACCACAGAGAGACAAGAAAACACACAGCCUGGACAGACAGACAGCAAAGCCCUGUCUGAACAACUGGCCCAGCAGACGGCACUGGUAGCUGAGAUUGAACAGAACCAGACCAAACUAGAUGAAUGCCAGACUCACUCCAAACAGUACUGCGCCGCAGUGAAGGACUAUGAACUGCAGCUGAUGACCUACAGAGCCUUUGUAGAGUCGACCCACAAAUCCCCUGUCAAGAGGAGGAGGAUGCACUCUUCAUCUGACGCCAUUACUCAGGAGUUCAUGGACUUGCGCACACGCUACACGGCCUUGGUCACCUUGACAACCCAGCACGUCAAGUACAUCAGUGAUGCACUGAGAAGACUAGAGGAAGAAGAGAAAGAGGUAGAGGAGGAGAAGCAGGCCAGGGUGGGCCAGGUGUCAGACCUGCUGGGCUGGGUCAAAGGCCUUCAGGGAAGGACUGGGGGAUCCAACGCUGAGUCUUCACUUGCAGCUCAACAGGCCAUCAACGAUCAGCUAGCAGCAAAGAAGGACGAGAUAGCUGAAGCCAUAAGGAGCACGCAGGUCUUCCUGCUAUCUAAACAGGCCAGCAAGUUGUCCCCAGAGGAGCGAGCUCAGGUAGCUGCCCAGCUGGACGAGCUGACUGACACCUACAGCCAACUGUGUGACAGCUCCUCCCAACAGCUGCAGCAGCUGGAGCAGCAACUGGCCAAGGAGGAGGAAAGAAAGAGCCAAAUUGCCAUUGCUGGAGUAAUUGACCUGGGAUCUGUGGAAACCUUCCCAGUGUUCCAAGCAGCCCAGCGUGGUCUUAUUGACCAGGAUACCUGCCACAUCUUACUUGAAGCCCAGCUCAUUAAUGGUGGGCUCCUUCGACCUGACUCCCCUCUCAGCCUGUCUCUGGAGCAAAGUUUGGCUCAAGGCCUAAUUGACACCCAUACCAGCCAGUCCCUUCAUGGGUUAGAGAGAGCCUUACUUUUGGUUGACCAGGCUAAGCCUACAGGUAACCAGCAACAAAAUAUGCUGCCAGUAGCUGCAGCCAUGGAGGAUGGUCUUAUAAGAGAGGAGGUGGGACUCCGUAUCCUAGAACUCCAGCUGAACACUGGAGGUUUGAGAGAUUCUAGAGGAGAGAGGAUCAGUUUGGAGACAGCAGGAGAGAUGAGUGUUUUGACUGCUAGACAUUUCACCAAGCUCCAGUCACGGUGUCAAUACCGAGAGCUCAUAGAUCCAAACACAGCAGAAAAAUUAAAUCUGUUUGAGCUGCAGCAACGCUGUGUCUUCAAUGAUGAGUCAGGUUUCCAUCUCCUCCCAGUCAAACAGCAACCUGGAGGAACUGUCUGCCUCCGUUCUGGAAGAAAGGUUGGCAUCUUCCGUGCUGUACAAGAAGGCCUCAUUGAUCGAAAAGUUACUGUACGACUGCUUGAGGCUCAGCUCUUUGCAGGCGGUAUUGCUGACCCGCGUUCUGGUCAUCGGCUAACAAUUGAUGAAGCUGUUCGCCAUGGAUUAAUGGACCAGGAUCUAGCUUGUGCUAUGCUGGCACGGCAGCUACAAACUGGAGGAAUUUUAGAUCCUUUCAGUGGAGAACGCCUGGAUGUAGAAGAGGCCAUCCGUAGGGACCUUCUCUCCUCUCGUUUGGCUCUAUUGGUCCUUGAGUCCCUCUGGGCCUUCAUGGGAAUGCUCUGGCCUGAAUCUGGAGAACUCCUUCCCAUUGCUGAAGCUCUUCAACAAGGGCUAAUCUCAGCAGAGCUGGCAAGAAACAUUCUGAGACAGCGUCAUUCCAUUGGGGCUCUGUACAGCCCAGAAACCCCCAGCGUUAUACCCCUAAGCCAAGCUGCGGAACAGACCCUGGAACCCAGUGUAGUGACUUUUCUCAAAGACAUCCAAAUCCCAGAUGUUCUUCCCAAUAUGAAUAGAUCAGGUACACCAUCUUUGAAUCGCUUAAGCUGGGGUUCUACCAGCUCUUCUCCACGUCCGUCCUCACCACCCCCUGCAUUCUCUACCACAGGGCUUGUCUGGGAUUCCACACCCAUGGAUGGAAUUGAUCCCAAUGAACAAGCAAACCACAGGUUGCUGUUUCACCUGAUGACCCGCAGCUAUGUGGAUGCCCAUUCUGGAAAACGGUUGGUGCUGCUAGAGCCUGAGCUGAAUGAACUGGUCAAAGCUGCUGGGCUGCUUCCUAGAGACUCUGCAUGUAGAGAUCAAGAUGAGGCUGGAAGUGAUUUGGUCCCAGAUAAGCAGGAGAAAAUGGAAUGGGUGGAAGAUUUUAGUUUGACUUGUAAGAUGGAAGGAGACAAACAAAUGGAGGUUGAAGAAGAGAACUAUAAUGUAAUUACACCAAGCAAAGAUGUUGCCGCCAGUAAAAUAAUUGUUAUAGGUACUGGACAGGUUUCUGAUGACUCAGUAUAUAGAGAUCAAGAUGAGGCAGGGAGUACUUUGGUCCCACAUAGACAGGAGGAGAUGGAACCUGCAAUUGAUUUUAGUUUGACUGGUAAGGGGGAGGGAGGUGAACAAAUGGAGGUUGAAGUGGAGAGCUCUAAUGUAAUCACACCAGGCAAAGAGGCGGCCUGCAGUAAAAUGAUUGACAAGUUUGAGAGGAAAGGUAUCACUAAACUAGAGGAAAGGUAUGAUGGAGAAAACAAUACAAAUUUGCAGAACAAACCAACAGUUGCUGAGGAUAGUGAGUCAGCUUCCGAAGAUAAAGAUGAGAUAGAUGAAUCGGAAGGUGAAGAUAGAAGAACAAAAGAUAAAAAGAAAGAAAUACUCUGUAUGGAAAGUCUUAUGGCUUCAGCUAAAAAAUCUGUUGAGGAAUCCACAAAAGACUCAGAUGGUAAUAGGCUGGCAGCUGUUGACUCUGAAACCAGAGUGAGUGAUAGACAAGAGAGUAUCUUACCCCCUGAUGAUGCUUGCAGUGCACAAAUAAUAAACACAGGCACAAGAACAUUCACAGUAGACAGAGAAUUAACUUCAUCAUCACCCAAAACAGAGGAAGAGAUUCUAACAUUGAGUAAAACAUCAGCAGAGAAAGAAACCAUCUCAUUGAGAGAAAUCCCUGAUGAAGAUACUGAUUCAAGUCCAUCUGAAGGUGAGAAAGAUAUAAAGCAUUCCCAGUCUGCAUCAGAAACUAUCCAACAAAAAGCAUCUAUCACAGAUCACAAGUCACAGACAGUAUCAAAGGAAGUUACGCCUCAGGUUGGUAUCCCUGAGCCAGCAGCAGAGAAGGAAGAGGAGAAUGCUGAGCUGGCGAGGUUAGUCAUAGAGCUGAAACAGGGAGGACUGAUGACAGAAGAAGGGGAGAGGUUGCUCCCAGAUGAGGCAGUAGCUCAAGGUGUCCUUCCUGGCCACACUGCAGUCAAACUAAUGGCUCAGGCUGGUCUUUUUGGUGGUUUCUUAGAUGUCAGUAGUGGGGAAUCACUUAGUAUGGAGGAUGUAUUGCAGGAAGGUCUGCUUGAUGAAGAUCUGAUGUGGAGUGUGCUGAAGUCUGAUAAAACCCUAUCAGGGGUUGUUGAUAUUGAGAAAAAGCAGAUCCGUGGUUUGAAGGAGGCAGCUCAAGCAGGGUUGAUUGACCCCAACACAGCUGAUCGUCUUCUAGAGGCCCAGGUGGCUUCUGGGGGAAUUGUUGACCUACGCAGGGAUAAGAAAGUCUCUGUCACUCUAGCAGCAAACCUGGGGCUGAUAGAAGAGGCUCAAAGAGAAGCAUUGGUUGCAUUAGAGAAGGCAUACAAAGGAAAGGCCACAGAUAGAGCAACAGCGUCAACCAAAGCCACCUUACAGCUGCAGAUGGAAGGAGUUAUUGACCCCCAAUCUAAGAGUGCUGUUCCUCUAGAACAAGCCGUUCAGAAAGGGUUAAUUAAGCCAGAAGAAGCAUAUCAGGCAUUGUCAAAGCAGGUGGCUGAGGGUGGUAUAAUACAUCAUGCUUCAGGAAUGAGGCUGUCUGUUUCUGAUGCUGUAGAGAGAGGACUAGUGGAUCGUUCCAUUGCCUCUGGGCUGGAGGAACUUGAAUGGGUGUAUCAAAGGAAAGUCAGCCCCUCAUCGCACCCAGAAGCUGCCAUUGUCCAGGCAUCAACAGGAGCCAUUUUGGACCCUAACUCUAGAUGUAGACUGACAUUAACAGAGGCAGUUUCAAAGGGUCUUCUGGAUGAGAACAUUGCCAGUGAAGCUAUGGCCUCUCCCAGCGUAACACAAGGAGUGCUUGACCCCCAAACUGCUCGUAUUGUGCCUUACUUAGAUCUUGUGAACCAGGGUAAGAUAGAUAUUGAGACAGGAAAACGAUUCUUGGAAGUUAAACCAUUCAAAGGUAUUGAAGAUGAGCAAACCAGACACAGCUUGACCCUUCCCCAAGCAGUUGCCACCAACCAAGUAGAUCCAGUUCCAGCAUUAAGAAUGCUCCAAAGUCAAGCUGACAGUGGAGGUAUCAUUGAUAUCACCAGUGGAGAUAGGCUCCCUCUACCUGAAGCCUCCAGAAGAGGUUUAGUCGGGGACGAUAUGGCUAGGGUCAUAGCCACCAACCAGAUGAUGAAAGGAGGCCUAGUUGAUAGCAGUGGUCAACACGUCGCUUGUCUCAAGGAUGCCAUAACCAUGGGGCUGAUAACCAGUGACAUGGCGUCAGAGAUCCAAGAGAGUUUAGCAUCUGUAGAGGUGGCAGGUGAUGAGGGUAGCUCUACACCAGUUGCUUCAUCAAAUGGUACUUACAGCCCUGCUGUUAUAUUGUCAUUGUCUAGCUCAGACAGCCCAACAGCAUGGUCAGAUGGAAACACUGACCUCCCUUCAAGAUCUCCACUCUUAGAUAAGGACUUGGAGAGAGAUUUGGUGGUUACAGAUGAUAUUACGAAGAUGUUGACAUCUAAUGCUACUACAGAGGACGACAGAACAGAUGUGCCAGUGUCAGCUGGAGAAAAGGCAGUGAUUGAACCAGAUCAGUCAAUAGACUUGUUGUCUGAGUUUGCUACCAAUGUUGAGAAAAGAAUACAGCAAGCCAUUGAACAGAUAGAACCCCAGAGAGAUGUCAGUAAAUCUCCUAUUCCUCAAGAGCAGCCAAACAAGACUUAUGGGGAACAGUAUGAGAGCAUUGUGGGAGAUUUUGUGACAGACUCUGAUCAUACAUCAGUGGAUUCCAUUCAGGCUUCUGUGUCUUCUAUUACUGACAAAGAUUCACAGGUGCAAGUUAGAGAAGGCACAGUUGUGAUUACACCAGAGGGGCGAUCGGUGACGGUUGUGCAAAAGGAGUAUAUUAUUAAAGAAAACAUUUCACAUGUUGAUGAUAAGACCUUGCAAGAUUUUACAGCAUCAGAUAUCAGGGAUGAAAAAUACAACACUGAUGGAAGAGAAUUGUUAAAAUUGAGUGAAGAGGAAUAUGCAAAAUGUGACAAGGUGCCAAAAAUGGAUGAAACCGGAGAAGAGAAGAGUCAAGGAGUUAUACAUGAGAUGCCAGGAAAGGCUGAAGGCAAAGAUAGCACUGCUGUUGAGCAGUCAGACAAGUUAUUGACUUCUCCAUCUAAAGAGGCAGAGAACAAGAGCAAGAAAAAGAAGAAGAAUAAGAAGAAAGGAAAAAGUAAAGAGGUGGACGGUGAAGUACAGCUUGUAGAGAAAAAACAUCCAUUUUACACUGAGCAAGCUGAUGCAGAAAUUGAGGGACAGUCUAAGGGUACUGAAGUAGUUACAGAUGCUGUUGUGUCACAAGACAAAGAUAGCAAAUCACAAACUCAUGAUCAGUUAACACCUGCAGGUCUUCUCAUAACUGAAGCAAAGAUUGAUGGGAAGAUUGAGGCUGAAAAUUAUUCAGUAAAACAAGACCAGGGGGCAGCUACAGUGUCUGUAAAAUUAACAGAUCAUACUGUUGAGCCAGAGACAGAUACAAUAAAAAGCAUGUUUGCAAAGAAUCAAAGGAGUGAUAAGAAAGAAGAGCAGAAAAGUGUGGACCAGAGGCAGAAAGCUGAACAAUAUGAGGAUUCUGUCUCUCAGCCACCAGAACAACAGGACAGUAAGACAGAAGUACAGAAAAGGAAGGAGGGAGAACUCCCUCAGAAAUCUAAUCUACCGGACAAUGAGAAAGCAGCCUUGAUACUGAAGGCUAAAGAAAGCAUUCUGAAAAAGGUUUUUGAGAAAGGAGUGAGUGAGAAGCAGGCUGCUGAAGAGCUAGAGGCAAUACGCAAAGAGGUAGGAAAGAAGGAGAGUCAGGGCACAGCUAGAGAUAUGAAGUUUGAAACUCCUGAUGAUGUGGAAAGUUAUUCUAUGGAGGUGGAUAGUGGCACGAUCUCUGACAGCAUGCCAAAACAGAAUGAGGGAUGGGUGGUUGGCAAAGAAAUUGAGCAGAAAUUGAGGACAAGUGUCAAAGAAGAUAUGAGUGUGGAGGUAAUUCCUGUCAUGGAGGGCAUAGACACACCAAUAUCUGAUGCUCUGGCAAAUGAAAAAGAGGAGGAGGAGGUUCUUGGAAAGGAAGAACUACAAAAAGAGGUAGAGACAGCUCCAUCAAACCUGCCUAAAGAAACCCCGCAAAGUAAGCGGAAUAAGAAAAACAAGAAGUCCAAGAUUCCAAGAGCGACAGACAAUGCUGGACCUGGUACAGAGAAGUCAGCAGCUGAAGAAAAAGAUGAUUCUGGGGUGACAACAACAAAAACUCCAACAAAAACAGAUUUAGGUAGCUCAGCUUUCAGUGAUGAGCGAAUGACAGGCAGGCAGAGUGACACUCAGUCAGACAGUGAUGUCACCAGGGCUUUAAGCACUGAUGAGGCUAUCAAAAUGGACACCUCCACUAUUGGUGUUAAACCUGAAGCUAAUCAACCAAAGCCAUCCUACUCUGGUCAAUCAAGGGAACCCAGCACUCAUGUCGAGGAACAGAUACAAGCAGUGGGUAUUAUGUCUAAGGAGGACAUUGAGAGAGGACCCCAGCAUCAUGUUGAUGAAGAUAAGCACCUAGAACUUCACACAUCUGAGGAGUUCUCCCUUUCAGAAAACAGUCAUCCCAACGAUAGCACAGACUCCUCUCUUAAGGCUCCUGCUUCCAAACCAGACAUCAAACCUACAGCACCAUCCGUGACUCCUGACACACAGCCAGACAUAAUCACAGAGAAAGGUAAAAAGAAGAAAAAGCGACAAGCACCUCAGGUUGAAAUCACCAGUGUUCCUGAAACCAGUGAACAGCAACAUCAGGAGGCUCCAGAGUCAGCACUGUCAGAGGAUGUUCAAACUGAAUCUGAAUCACCUGAGAUCCCAGAGUCUGAUACGGCCAUAGAGAGUUGGGGAGAGGAGGAGGAUGACAGAGAGAUCAAAGAAAUUCUGAUGAAAAAAGAGACAAGCCCUGUUAUGAUUGGCAAGUCAUCAUUGAUGCGGCAGGAAUGCUUGGAACAUGACCAGCGAAUCGUAGCCCUUGUCUCCAUGGUGAGGCAUAUUGAGGUCCGCCUCAAACAGCAGCAACAGCAGUCUGUUGGCCGCAGCCUCAUUGCCCUGGAUGAUAUCAUCAGACAGACAGAGGCUCUGGACCUUGAACUGUGUGACUUAGAGCCUGAGAUCAACAAGGAAGUGGAGGCUGCUGAAAAACUGCUCAAGCCCCACCCCAAAGAUGUCCCACCUCAGCUCCUCAUGGCCCUGGAGAAGGAUGGGCGGAGCUUGGCUCGUGGGUAUGAGGCUGCCAGAAGCCUUUCUGAGGGUAUUCUGCAAGGCCUACGCAACCACAGAGACUCAUACAAGGAGGCAGUGGCAGCUGAACAGAAGUCUCUGGGUGCAAAAGUAGAGAGUCUGCUCUCUUGGUUGAUGGAGACUGAGGCUCAGAUGGAUGGUGGAAUGACAGGGAUGGAAAAAAUGGUGAAGACAGAGGGAGAGAACAGCCAUGAUCAGCUCAUACAACAGCUGCAUCUUUGCAAGACACUCCAGUCCUCUCUGACAGCUCGCUCCAAUGAGGUCAACAGCGUGGCCUUUGACAUCCAGGUGUUCAUCUCGGAGCGGGCUCAGGACCUGGCCCCGGAGCAGAGCAGGCACCUGCUUGGGCAGCUCCAGCAGCUACAGAAGGCUUUCCACCAAGCCUCUGGCCAAGCACAGGCCUGGGCCGACGCUCUGUCUGCCCAGAGAGAGAGGGAGGAGGAGCGACAGCGCAGGGAGAGGGUGAAAGAAGAGGAGGAGAUUGAGAGAGAAAGACAGAGGCAGAGUGCAAGGGAGAGAGAGGUUGUCCAGCAGCAGAAAGCUGAAUGCUCUCAGAAACUAGAGGGUCUCACCAUGUGGUUAGCAGGAGCUGCCAGCAUGCUUGCCAGUCAGAAAACUGGUGCAGAAUCAGGAGACGUGAGUGUCCUGCAACAGAAGCAGAGGAAACUUAAGGAGGUUCAGAAGGACCUCCAGACCAAAGGGGAGGGCGUGGCUGAGGCCAUCCGCUCUGUGGAGGACUUCUUGGCGGAGCGAGGAGACAAUCUAAGCCCACAGGAGAGAGAGAACCUCCAGGGGACAUUAAACAGAAUGAAGGAGCAAUACAGCAGCCUGACAGACUCGGCUAAAACAUCGCUGUCAGAGCUAGACAUGACCAUCAGCACCACUGUACAGCAGAACACACAGAGGGCGAAGGCAGUAGAGGAGCUGCAGGAGACGCAGGGCCAGAUAGACUCUCUGCUUGACGAGUUGUCGUCUCUUAACCAGCCCAGCAGGAAAGGGGUCACGUCAGGAGCACCUCUACAUGUUACUGACUCACCAUUCUCCUCUGCACAGCCAGAGGGCGCUCUGCUGUCACACACAGACAUGCUGCAGGCGGAGCUUCAGCAGCUCCAGGCCCAGCAGUCCCAGCUGCUGCAGGUCACACAGUCCACCCGCUCCCUCCUGGAACAGCCUGACUCAGCUGUUCCUCCUGAGGAGAAGCAGCGUCUCCGGGCCGCUCUGGAGCAGCUCCAGGCUCAGCACCAGGGCAGGUUGCAGAGCUGCCAGGACCGUUUGAGGAAGUCUGAGGUUCUGAGGGAUGAGUUGGCCAAAUUUCUCCAGGAACACGGGAGUCUGGGAACCUGGCUGGAACAGAGCGAGCAGGAUCUACGUUCCCUGGGGGAAGGAGAAACUGACGCGCAGGGACUGAAAGGCAGGCUGGAGGAACACAAAAAGCUUGCUGAGGAUGUGAUCUGCCACAAGGCGGACCUGCGUUUCGUGUCCAUCUCUGGUCAGAAGGUUCUGGACUCUGUUCAGGGAGCUCUGGAGCAGGUUGGUGGUUCAGACCCGGCUCUAAACAGCACCAAGCAGCUGGUGACUGACAAACUCCAGGAUGCCAACCACAGAUACACAGCCCUGCACACAAAGUCAUCAGAGCUGGGCGGGCGUUUGUCUGGCCUGCUGGAGAGGUACCAGCAGUACCAGGAUGAGGCCGUGUCCCUCCACUCCUGGCUGAGCACUCAGGAACAAAACGAGAGUAUAGCCAAGCCCAGCGGGGAGACAGACCCCGAGACCCUGCAGAACACACUGCGUCAAGUACAGCUGUUGCAGGAUGAGCUGGCAGAGCAUUCAGUGCAGCUGGAGAAGGUGAAGAGAGCAGGCAGAGAUCUGGUCAGCACAGAGGAAUCUCCUUCCCUCAAAGCUGUUGACAUCCUCUGUACCGCAGACGGUCUAGAGAAGCGCUUUGGCUCCCUCUCUGCGUCAGUGUCGGAGCGGGCCGAGCAGCUGCAGACAGCUGUGGCUCAGUCAGUCAGCGUCCAGGAAGGCCUGAAGGGUCUGCUGGCCUGGCUGGAGGAGCUGGUGUUGAACCCUGGACCAGUCCAGCCCACUGCACAGGCUGUACAGGAUGCACUGACUCAGAACCAGAAACUUCGUCAGGAGCUGCUGUCUAGGCAGGGCAGUGUGGAAGCAACACGGGACUCUGUUUCCAAACUCCUCCAGAGCCCUGACGCGUCUACAGCCUCUGGGCUCCAGGGGGCGCUAGCCGAGCUGACCCAGCGCUAUGCAGCAGCCCAGGCCAGCCAGGCUGAGAGGGAAGCUGAGCUGAAAGGCUUGUUGCCCCGGCUGGAGAGCUACGAGCGGCUCGGGACAGACCUGCGGGUCUUCACCCAGAGCAGACUGAGAGCGCUGAGUCCAGUGGGGCAGCCAGACCGCAGCGUGGAGGACUACAGGCAGACCAUCGAGGAGGUUCGGUCAGAGCUUGAGCAGGAAGCCGGUCAGCUGAAGUCUUUCUGUGACCUGGGCACCGAGCUCAGCAAAUCAAAAGCUUUCACCAACACUCAAAGCCUACUGGAUAAUGUCAAGGGGGUGUCUGAUGAGUUCAGCCAGCUGGAGGCCAACAUCAAUGAAAGGUUUGCUGCCAUCCAGGCCUGUGAGCAGCAGCUGCUUCAGUUCCGUGGGCUCUCUGGCUCCCUCCUCAGGUGGCUUCAGACAGCACAAGACCAGCUGCCCCCCAAAGAAGCCAACCUUAACAACGAGGGCCUGCAGAGGAGAGUCCAACAGCUCCAGGACUUGCUGAAUGACUGGGAGUCACAGGGCUCCAGAGUUCAGGAGCUGAAUAAGACAGGCUCAGAGCUCGAGUCCGUCAUCAUCAGCAUCACCGCCCCCCAGACCAAGACUGGUGCCCCUCAAAUCAAUGGCUCGGCCAGUCCCAGCAGUGUCAAUGGCAUUCACACCUGCAAAGACCUGACAGAGCUCCAGGUGGCGGUGUCCGACGUGAACGGGCGAUACGAGGCACUGGGCGUGGAAUUGAGGGAGCGCCUCGGCCGCCAGCAGGCCUCGCUGGAGCUGAGGCGGAAGGCCAGGCAGGGCACGGAGGAGCUGAGCAGCUGGCUGAGAGAAAGAGAGCACAGCCUGGAGCUGGGCCAGGCCGCCUCACCCUCCAAACCCGAGGUGGUGCGCGCCCAGGCCCAGGAGAACAAGGCGCUGCUGGCGGAGCUGGCUGAGCAUUCUGGGAAGGUGGAGGACCUGAAGAGCACACUGAGGAAGCUGAUUGCUGAUAACCCUGACUCUCCCGAGGCAGACACCUGGAGGCAGCAGUUACAAGAGAUAGACUCGCGCUGGCAGAAAGCUAAUCAGACUGCGGCUCAGAGGCAGACUGAGCUGGAGACAUGUGCUGAUAGGCUGGGCAGCUUCACCUCAGCAGCCAAUCAGCUGGGCCCGUGGCUGAGGGAGAAGGAGCUGAUGAUGAGCGUGCUGGGACCGCUGAGUAUCGACCCCAACAUGCUCAACACGCAGAAGCAACAAGUUCAGUUCAUGCUGCGUGAGUUUGAGACCCGGCGGCCCCAGUUCAACCAGUUGACACAGUCUGCUGAGGGCAUCCUCUCCCCGGCUGGCGACUCACCUCAGGACCCCAAGGACCUGGCGGAGGUGCGGGCUGAGCUGGGCUCCAUCUCCCAGCAGUGGGAGGACCUGACGUCCCGACUCACCCAGAGGUCAGAUCACAUCGACCGGGCCCAAGGAACCAGCGAACGCUACCAGGCCUUGUUGAGAGAGCUUUCCUCCAGCGCUUCUGCUCUGAGUGAGAGGCUGGAUGCUCAGGCCUCGCUGAGCGCUCAGCCCGAGGCGCUGAAACGCCGCCUGCAGGAGACCGGAGAGAUCCGCUCGGAGCUGGAGAGGCGGCGGACAGAGCUGGCAGAGGCUGAGAGGCUUUGUGAAGAGCUGAGCACCAUCGUGGCAGAACCAUACCUGAAGGAGGAGCUGAAUAAACGACUGGAGAGUGUGAGCGGGCCGCUGAAGAGUUUGGAGGAGCGGGCUGCUGACGGUCUGUCCCAGCUCCAGGCCGCUCUGUCUUCCACUCAGCAGUUCCAGCAGAUGUUUGAGGAGCUGCGCUCCUGGCUGGACAACCAGUCUGAUCCCAGAGAUUCUUCCACGGACUCUCUGCCCUGCCAGCCUGCAGCCAUCCGCUCCCUGCUGGCCCAAACGGAGGAGCUUCAGCGUGGGAUAGCCAGUCAACGAGGUUCCUAUGAGCUCAUCCAGGCUGAGGGAGCCUCACUGCUUGCAACUCUCCCCGCUGGCGGGGAUGAACGGUCUGCCUUACAAUCUCGCCUGGCCACGUUACGCCAAGACUGGGAGGGACUGAACCAGAGAAUCACAGACCGCCAGAACAGGCUCAAGACCACUCUGAGCAAAGCAGAGACCUACCAGCAGCACAAAGCCGAGCUGCUGCCAUGGCUGGCGGAGUGUGAAGAGAAGGAUGGAGAGAUCCAGCCGUCCCUGGACCCUGUGGCCCUGGAUGAAGCCUUGCAGAAGGCCAGAGGACUGUCAAUGGACCUGGAGAGACGACAUCCACUCCUGGAGGCCUUCAACACUGCAGCUGACCAGCUGCUGGAGCAGUGCCGCGUCGGGGAGGAGGAGGUGCGAGAUGAGAAGGCCCAGCUGAACCGCAGGGUGGAUGGUCUUGGAGAGAAGAUUCAUAACCGCACGUCCCAGCUGGAGGAGCUGGCCAGCCGCCUGAAGGAGUUUGAUGAAGGUAGACAAGCUGUAGAGAGGAGGUUGGAGGCUGCCAAGCACCAGAUAGAAGUCCAGGAGGCUCUGGGGCCUCAGGCAUGCAGCGCCAAGAGCCUGGAGCGUCUGAGAAAUCAGCAAGAGGGUCUGAGGUCCCUGCAGCCUCAGGUGGUGUACCUACGAGACCUGGCCCAGGGCCUUGUGCAGGACGCACCCCAAACACCGGGGGGCAGCACUGAGGGUGCACAGAGGCUGCUGCAGCUGGCUAAAGACACAGAGAGAGAGUAUGGAGGUGUUACCGAGAAGAUCGAGCAAUGCUCUUCCUCACUGGAGUCUAGGUUGCAGGGCGUCGGCGAGGUCCAAUCUCAUGUGCGGGAUGUCUUCUCGCGCCUCGCCGACCUCGACGACGAGCUGGACUCCCUCAGUCCAGUGGGACGUGACGCCGACUCCCUGGCCUCUCAGGCCGACGCCCUGCGGGGCUUCCUGUCCCGCCUGGCCGCCCUCAGGACUGAGCUGGAGGGUCACGGGACGGAAUGCACCACCAUGCUGCGCCGAGAAGGCUCUUCCCCCGACCUGCUGGCUCUCAGGAGGGAGACGGAGGCCCUGAGCCGACAGGCCGGAAAGCUCAGCGAGCGGGGCCAGGCCAGGCUUGACCAGAUCGAGGACGCCGCUCAGAGGGUUCGUGAGUUCUACAGGCUGGUGGAAGAGCUGCAAGGCCUGCUGGGAAAGGCAGAGGAGGGUCUGAACGCCCAGGGUAUGGUCGGCACAGAGGUGGAGAUCAUCAAGCAGCAGCUGCAGGAGUUCAAGGCUGUGGAGAGAGAGCAGGUGGACAGCAUUCAGCCCCGACUGCAGCACGUCAACGCCGUGGGUCAGGGUCUGAUCCAGAGUGCCGCCAAACACACCGACACACAGGCUCUGGAACACGACCUGGAGAGCACCAACCUGCGAUGGAACUCACUCAACAAGAGGGUUGCGGAGCGAAUCGCCCAGCUGCAGGAGGCCCUGUUGCAUUGUGGGAGGUUCCAGGAUGCCCUGGAGCCUCUGCUCAGCUGGCUGAGCGACACCGAGGAGCUGGUGGCCAAUCAGAAGCCUCCGUCUGCUGAGUACCGAGUGGUCAAGGCACAGAUCCAGGAACAAAAACUGCUCCAGAGGCUGUUGGACGACCGCAGGCCCACCGUGGAAAUGAUCCGGGCCGAGGGAGAGAGGAUUGCAGCCACAGCAGACACCCAAGACAGAGAGAAGAUCCAGACGCAGCUCCGCAGCCUGGCAGACAGAUGGACCGACCUGUUGGACAAGGCCAGCGGCAGGCAGAGGCAGCUGGAGGAGCUGCAGGUUUUGGCGCUGCAGUUCCACGAAGCCCUGGAGCCGCUGGGAGAAUGGCUCAGCACCACAGAGAGACGCCUGAGCUCCGCCGAGCCCAUGGGAACCCAGACGGCCAAGAUCACCCAGCAGAUCACCAAGCACAAGGCGCUCCAAGAGGAUGUGUCCUCUCGAGGAGCCGAGGUCGACCACCUCGAGUCUCUCAGUCAAUCCCUGGCCCCGCUCAGCUGUGCGGCCGACCGCGAUUGGUUAAGAGAGCGUGUGGGGGCGGUGCGGUCGGGUCACUCGGAGCUUUCUGAUUGGUGCACGAGGAGGGCAGGCAUGCUGGAGCAGGCGCUGGCCAACGCCCAGCUGUUUGGGGAGGAGGAGGUAGAGGUGCUGAACUGGCUGGCAGAGGUGGGACAGAGGCUGGCUCAGGUCUCCGUGCAGAGCUACCAGCCACAGCAGCUGGCCGAGCAGCACAAACACACUCUGUCUCUGAAUGAGGAGAUUCUGAGCAGGAAGAAAACAGUGGACCAGGCCAUCAAGAAUGGACAAGCCUUACUCAAACAGACCACAGGUGAGGAGGUUCUCCUGAUCCAGGAGAAGCUGGAUGGCAUCAAGUCUCGCUAUGCUGAGAUGACGGCCGGCAGCAGCAAGGCGCUCCGCACCCUGGAGCAGGCCCUGCAGCUGGCCACGCGAUUCGCCAGCGCCCACGAUGACCUCAACCAGUGGCUGGAUGCCGUGGAGACAGAGCUCAACAACGUGGAACCCGAUGCCACGCCAGCCUACCAGGAGAGGCAGAAGGAGCUGAAGAAGGUGUCAGCUGAGAAGCGCCUGGUGUUGGACACGGUGAACGAGGUGGGCAGCGCCCUGCUGGAUCUGGUGCCAUGGCGAGGCCGCGAGGGUCUGGACCGCCUGGUCGCUGACGGCAAUCAACGCUACCGCCAGGCUGAUGAAACCAUCACUCAGCGGGUCCAACUGGUGCAGGCCGCCAUCCAGAGGUCACAACAGUAUGAGGAGGCGGUGGAUGCAGAGCUGGCCUGGGUGGCAGAGACAGAGCGUAAGCUAGCUUCACUGGGGCCUCUCAGCCUGGAGCCUGACGUGACUGUGGCCCAGCUGCAGGUCCAGAGGGCCUUCAACAUCGACAUCAUCAGACACAAAGACACAGUGGACCAGCUGCUCAACACCAGAGAGGAGAUCCUGGAGACCUGCAGCGAUGCCCAGAAAGACGCACUGAUGGUGAAGACAGACUCUCUGAGCACCCGCUAUGAGGCGGUGAGCCAGAGCCACAGUGAGCGUUUCUCAGCGCUGGAGCAGGCCCAGGUUCUGGUGGCUCGAUUCUGGGAAACCUACGAAGAGCUGGAUCCGUGGUUGGGAGAGACCGAAACCCUCAUUACUCAGCUGCCACCACCGGCCAUCGACACAGACACCCUCCGACUGCAGCAGGACCAGAUGAGGCUCUUGAGGGAGUCGAUAGCGGAGCACAAGCCCCACAUCGACAAGCUGCUGAAGAUCGGGCCCCAGCUGGCCGAGCUCAGCCUCCAGGAGGGAGCAACAGUGACACAGCGCUACAACGAGGCUGAGAGGCGCUACCUGGCCAUCAAAGAGGAGGUCAAAGGUCGGGCCACAGCCCUGGAUGAGGCAGUAUCCCAGUCUGCACAGCUGGUAGAGUUCCAUGAUAAGAUGGACCCCCUCCUGGAGACCCUGGAAGGGGCAGUGCAGCGGCUGCGGCAGCCACCGCCAGUGGCAGCAGAAGUAGAGAAAAUCAGGGAGCAGCUGGCGGAGCACCGGGCCCAGGGGCUGGAGCUGGACAAGCUGCUGCCGUCCUUCUCCGCCCUCUGCGCCCGUGGAGAGGAACUCAUCAGCCGAGCCGCCCACGACGACCCGGCUGCCCAAGCCGUCCGUUCCCGUCUUCUGCGCCUGCGCUCGUUGUGGGAUGAGAUCCGGCAGCGGGCCGAGGAGAGGGAGGCCAAGCUGACCGACGUCUUGGACCUGGCCGGGAAGUUCUGGGCCGACAUGGCGGCGCUGCUGAGCACACUCAGAGACUCCCAGGACAUUGUAAAGGAGCUGGAGGAUCCAGGGGUUGACCCCUCACUCAUCAAACAACAAAUUGAGGCUGCUGAGGCCAUCAAGGCAGAGACUGACGGUCUCAGGGAGGAGCUGGAGUUUGUCAGGACCCUCGGGGCUGACCUCAUCUUCGCCUGUGGAGAAACAGAGAAACCUGAAGUCAAGAAGACCAUUGAUGAGAUGAACGCUGCCUGGGAGGGCCUGAACCGCACAUGGAGGGAGAGGAUGGAGAGACUGGAGGAGGCCAUGACUGCCUCUGUGCAGUAUCAGGAUGCACUGCAGGGCAUGUUUGACUACCUGGACAACGCAGUGAUCAAACUGUGUGAUAUGCCAACUGUGGGAACUGACCUGGGCACUGUCAAACAGCAGAUUGAGGAACUCAAGCAGUACAAGGUUGAGGUUUACCAGCAGCAGAUAGACAUGGAGAAGCUUUGCCACCAGGGGGAGCUGUUGUUAAAGAAAGUGUCAGACCAGACGGACAGGGACAUGAUCCAGGAGCCGCUCACUGAGCUCCGACACCUCUGGGACAACCUGGGGGAUAAGAUCACCCAGAGACAGCACAAGCUGGAGGGAGCACUUCUGGCUCUGGGUCAGUUCCAGCACGCCUUGUCAGAACUGCAGGCCUGGCUGAGCCACACACACACCACGCUGGACACACAGCGGCCAGUCAGCUCCGACCCCAAGGCUAUUGAGAUCGAGCUCGCCAAACACCACGUGCUGCGUAAUGAUGUGCUAUCCCAUCAUGCCACGGUUGAGACAGUAAAUAGUGCUGCCGCUGAGCUGCUGGAGUCCUCUCCUGGCGAUGAGGCCAGCCACCUGAGAGACCAACUGGAUCAGCUCAACCAGAGCUGGGAGAGCCUGCUGCUCAAGACCCAGGAGCGGCAGAAACUAUUGGAGGCCGCACUGCAGCAGGCGGAGGGUUUCCAUGGCGAGUUGGAGGAAUUUCUGCAGUGGCUUAGGAGGACGGAGAGCCAGCUGUCUGCUGCCAAGCCAACAGGCGGCCUCCCUGAGACAGCCAGGGAGCAGCUACAGCAGCACAUGGAGCUUCAGGCCCAGCUGACCCAGCGGGCCGACCAGUACCACCGCCUGCUGGAUCAAGGGGAGUCCAUGCUGCUGGCCCGUGGAGGGGACGAGGCCGGUCCCGGAACAACCCAGACCCAGCAGAACCUGGCCAUGCUGCAAAACAAGUGGGCCAGCCUCAACACCAAGAUGGACGACCGCAGGGCAAAACUGGAGGAGGCUGUUGCCUUGGCGACAGGUUUCCAGACGUCUCUGCAGGAUACGAUCAACUGGCUGACCCAGGCUGAGCAGACCCUGAACAUGGCCCAGCCCCCCAGCCUUAUACUAGACACCGUCCUUUUCCAGAUCGACGAGCACAAGGUAUUUGUGAACGAGGUGAACACCCACAGAGAGCAGGUCCUAGCUCUGGAGAAGGCCGGUUCUCAGCUUCGCUUCGCCAGCCUGAAGCAGGAUGUGGUUCUGAUCAAGAACCUGCUGCUCAGCGUCCAGGCCCGUUGGGAAAAGCUGGUCCAGAGGUCGCUGGACCGCGGACGACAUCUGGACGAAGCCCGCAAACGGGCCAAACAGUUCCACGAGGCCUGGAGGAAGUUGACAGACUGGCUGGAGGAAGCUGAGAACAGACUGGACUCAGAGCUUGAGAUCUCAAAUGAACCAGACAAGAUCAAAGUACAACUGGCCAAACACAAGGAGUUUCAGAAGGCAUUGGGUUCAAAGCAACCAGUUUAUGACACCACAGUGAGAUCUGGAAAGGCCAUGAGGGACAAGGCCCAGCUGCCGGCAGACACCCAGAAACUGGACCACUUACUGGGAGAGGUCAGGGACAAGUGGGACACCGUCUGUGGCAAGAGCGUGGAGAGACAACACAAACUAGAGGAGGCUCUGCUGUUCUCAGGUCAGUUUGCUGAGGCCCUGCAGGCCCUGGUGGACUGGUUAUAUCGGGUUGAGCCACAGCUAGCUGAAGAUCAGCCUGUCCAUGGAGACCUGGACCUGGUGUCCAACCUCAUGGACUCACACAAGGCUUUCCAAAAGGAGUUGGGUAAGAGGACCAGCAGCGUUCAGGCUCUGAAACGCUCUGCCCGUGAGCUGAUGGAGACCGGCCGCGAUGACACCGCGUGGGUCAAAGUUCAGCUUCAGGAGCUCAGUAAUCGCUGGGAUACAGUGUGCGCCCUGUCUGUCAGCAAGCAGACCCGCCUCCAACAGGCACUCAAACAGGCUGAGGAGUUCCGUACAGCCGUGCAGAUGCUCCUGGAAUGGCUGUCGGAGGCAGAACAGACCCUCCGUUUCCGUGGCGUCCUUCCUGAAGAGGCGGAGACUCUGCAGGCACUGCUGCACACACACCGCGACUUCAUGGGCACUGUGGAGGAGAAGAGGGCAGACGUCAACAAGGCUGCUGGCAUGGGAGAGGGCAUCCUGACUGUGUGUCACCCUGACUCCAUCACCACCAUCAAACACUGGAUCACCAUCAUCAGGGCACGCUUUGAGGAGGUGCUGACAUGGGCUAAACAGCAUGAACAGCGGCUGGAGACAGCUCUGACUGAGCUGCUCAACAAUGCCAACCUAUUGGAGGAGCUGUUGUCAUGGCUACAGUGGGCUGAGACCACAUUGGUCCAGAGAGACACAGAGCCCCUCCCACAGGACAUCCCUCAACUCAAAACACUCAUCACAGAGCACCAGGUGUUCAUGGAGGAGAUGACAAGGAAGCAGCCUGACGUCGAUAAGGUGACAAAGACCUACAAGAGGAAACCAUCUGAGGCUCCCAGCAGUCUGGCAGAGAGGAGAGGAGCCCGUAAACACCAGCAGCAGCAGCAGCAACAGGCAGCCAUGCAGGUUUCCAGUGGAAACCCACGGAUCAACCAGCUCUGCGCCAGGUGGCAACAGGUUUGGCUGCUGGCUCUUGACCGCCAGCGCAAGCUCAACGAUGCUCUGGAUAGGCUUGAGGAGCUGAAAGAGUUCGCCAACUUUGACUUUGACGUGUGGAGGAAGAAGUACAUGCGCUGGAUGAACCACAAAAAGUCUCGUGUCAUGGACUUCUUCAGACGCAUCGACAAGGACCAAGAUGGAAAGAUCACAAGGCAGGAGUUCAUUGACGGCAUCCUGGCCUCAAAGUUCCCCACCAGCAAGCUGGAGAUGACGGCGGUGGCAGACAUCUUUGACCGAGACGGAGAUGGUUACAUCGACUACUACGAAUUUGUGGCUGCUCUGCAUCCCAACAAAGACGCCUACCGACCGACGACUGACGCUGACAAGAUAGAGGACGAGGUGACUCGGCAGGUGGCCCAGUGUAAAUGUGCCAAGAGGUUCCAGGUGGAGCAGAUAGGGGAGAACAAAUACCGGUUCUUCCUUGGAAACCAGUUUGGCGACUCUCAGCAGUUGCGUUUGGUGAGGAUCCUGCGCAGCACGGUGAUGGUGCGAGUCGGAGGAGGCUGGAUGGCUUUGGACGAGUUCCUGGUCAAGAACGACCCAUGCAGAGUGCAACAUCCCGGACUUAAGAUCCUCCGCUCCGAUUCCAGUAGCUCCAUCUCAUCUCGUAUAGCUCGCGGUCGCACCAACCUGGAGCUGAGGGAGAAGUUCAUCCUUCCAGAGGGAGCGUCCCAGGGCCUGGCCGCCUUCCGUUCACGGGGCCGUCGCUCCAAGCCGGGCUCCCGCACCGCCUCGCCCACCCGCUCCUCCUCCUCUGCCUCCCACAGCGCCCACAGCUGCGCCUCCCUCCCCUCCGCCCCCGCCACGCCGACGGCCUCCGCAUCAUCCAGGUCCUCCCAUACUCACUCCCGUGACUAUGCCAAGCCCUGGCUGGCACACAGUAAAACUCCAACGCCAACCAAGUGCCACUGCUGCCCAGAUCUCGGUCACGGCCACAGCACCCCUGGGCACGAGGGGGCAGCGUCGGGGUCCAAGCUGAAGAGGCCGACCUUCCACUCCAGCCGCGGUUCUCUGACCGGAGAGAACGGCGGGACGACGCCUACCAGCGGCAAACCGGCUCGCACUGAUCCAAAACGGGGGGCGUCGACCACCAGCCGAGCCGGCAGCCGGGCGGGCAGUCGAGCCAGCAGUCGCCGCGGCAGUGACGCUUCAGAUGCGUCGGAGCUUCAGGACACUCGUUCUGUCUGCUCAGACACCUCGGACACCCCGAGGCGGCCCGGCGGAGGAGCCAAACCCUCCAAGAUCCCAACCAUCUCCAAGAAGGCUCCCAGCCCCAAAACGCCCGGCACCGGAAAGAAAUAAGACCGAGCCGGUCGGAGAAUGGGACCGUGGAAGGAAAACGUCAUCCAUGCAGCUCUGAGAAAGCAAAGAUCGCAAAGAUGGAGCAGAACUGAUAUUCCUACGUUUCACAGUGGGUGGAUUGUUAUCGUCGACCAUCUCGGGUGAACCACCUCUUUGAUCCACGUCCAUCCGUAGGGCUCGCGUGGGACUCAUGCACUAUGACUGAUAUCUGCCGGGGGGAGGAGGAGGAUUAACACUCUCUCUCUCUUUCCUUUUCCUCGUAAUCUCACUACAACCUGCACAACAGGAGAGGGGUUCUGGUCUGGGAGUCCCAGGCCAGGGUUUGUGCUCUUAGACGACGGGAUCGAAACAGAAACCGACUUUCCCCCUUUAAGAACCGAUCCCAGUUUGCCUUUCCCCGUCUCCUGCUGUUUUCUGUCACAACGGAGCCGCUCACGACGGUUCUGAGGUUCUCCAGCGAAGCAGAACCGACCAAACAAACCGACAAACCUGAUGUGAUGCUGCCUUACUUUGGGUUACACGUUACUGUCCCGACCGGAGACAGAGAGGAAGAAGAGAAAGUCUUUAAACUGCUUUUCUGCAACACUGACACACAAACACACACACGGUAAAAACACACAUUCUUACACCGAGGUGGGUUAGGGAGUUGGCUGCACCACCACGCCUAAAAAAAAAAAAAAGAAAAAAAAGAAGAAGAAGACGACGAAAGAAAAAAAUGAAUCGU